AUGUCCAUGGCACUUCACUUUUAUGCAAGAAAUUCAUUUGCAACAUUCAUAAACUUGCGAAACAGUCAUUCUGCGUGUAAGCAGUUCAGAAGAUGGGAAAGCUCGAAAACGCGACGUCCAGACGGUGCACUCGUCGUCGAGCACACUCCCGCCGCCACAGCGCCUCGCCACGCACCUGUUCCCCUCGUAUUUGUGGGAUCCUCAGAACUUGAGGGCGACGGCGGCGCCUUUCUUUCACUCGGCGGCAGGCUAUCUGCAGAAGCUGCUUCUCGUGGUUUUAUGAGCUACCAAUUCGACCUUCCCCUCAGAACGCAUACAUCUGGCUCGGGGUUAAUCGUCAUGGACCGCCUAGCUUCGACCCUACGGACCCUCAUCCGGGAGACUGGGAUCCCGUUCCCACCCAUUUUAUACGCAGGCCAACUCAGCUGUCUAAUUGCUCAAACUUACGUAUCUUCGCAUCCCUCGUACGCUCUUAUUCUAGACUCACCGCCCUUCUCGUGCGCAAGCCUUUCAAAUUGGCCAGGCCUCGCCGAGCGGCUACCAUUACCGCUACCCGAGUUCACAUUCGAACCCAAAUUCCCAGUCCUUGUUCUGGAACGGAAGUCUGCUGGCGGCGUGCUUAAAACAAGCAGACUCGUGAAGGAAGGUGCAGAUUAUGCGGAAACAUGCGAAAAUGCCACAGAUGUGGAGUCAAGGAAUGUUCCGACCACCUCGCUUGCUGUUCAACAAUGGAUCGACGAGCUGGGAUGCUAA